AUGGUUGUUACAAACAGAAAUAAAGAAGUAGUUCAAUUCAUCUAUGGUUGUUAUAUUUGUGAUCAUAUAUUUAGGGAUGCCAAACGAUUGAUUGAUCAUGUUCAACGUAUUCAUGGCUAUGUUCUUCCUACUCGCUCGGUUGGUCGUAGACGCCCUGCUCAUCCAGACUAUGAAUAUCAAAAUGAUCCUAAUGGUGAACAUGAUUGUGAGCAUUAUUCAUGUCCUUCUUGUUGGUUUCAUACACCUGCUAAUAGAGAAGGAUUGGAUGAUCUAGCAGAACAUGUCAAAGAAGCCCAUCAUCCUACCAAUAUCAGUCAAGACAAUGAAGAAGAAAAUGAAGAAAGCGAAGAAGAAGAAGAAACAACAGCUCAAAGAACAAGAAGACCAAGUUCUGGUUCUACUCAAUCAAAUCCUAGUGAGACACCAACUCAUCAAGAGGACCUUGGUAGUAUUCUUCAAAAACUAACUGAAGUAACAGAACUCUUCAAGCAUCUUAUGAGAUAA